UAAUAAAAUUUUAACAAAACAUUUUUUUUUCUAUAACAUACUAAUUUGUUACAUGUUAAUCAAUGUUAAUCAAAACUAAUAAUAUUAUACUAUUUGUAUCAGUCUCAUACGUCAGUCAUAGUAUCCUUAUCAUCUGCGCAAUCUCGGCAGUACAACAUUGCAUGGUCACUGCAGAUGUAUUUGCAUAUACAGCUCCGAAAAGUAUUAGUUUUCUAUCCUUUUUGGCAGAACAGUCUUGGCAUCUCUUUCUUACAUAAAGUAUCUUCACAGGUGGCUCCUCAUCAGGUACCUACUCCUAAAAACUCUCUUAUUCAAAAGAAUAAGCAAAAGCAUAGCAAGCAAUAAGCAAAUGCGCAAAAGCGCAUAAGUCUUGGCAACUGAAUGACAUCUGUACGAUUGCGCAAAUGCUCACGAACCAGUAUAAGGCUUAAGUUUCUUUAGAAAUUGGCGUUAUGUAAUAUGUACGCAUUUAUUUCAGACAUAUUUGCCAAAAAUAACAAAAUAAACAAUAUAAAACAACAAUAAAACAUUUUUUUAAACGGCGCAAAAUUACGACACGAAUAGUAUGGUUGGGUCAUAUUUACCUUUUUCGUGUUUGGCCGUGUCUAUCACUCGCUGCGGCCGCAACACGACUGAUUGGCGAAUCCCACGUGGAGGGGGGACCAUUAGCUCCAGCUACUGAGAAGUUUGGCAAAGUCGCACAAACAUUUUAAGAAACACGCUCAAUUGAAAACUGCUCGGGUCAAAUAGACCCAACUGUGCGAACGCCGGGUUAACGCUGAAAAGUGCGUACAAAAUUUCAAAAUUCGAGUUUUAGCUCUCGACAAUUUCCUCCUUGAAAAUUAGAUAAUAUAAGAGAAAUUUCACCCAUAGAAUAAUAAGUAAGUUAUACUAAGCCUCUACUUUUUACUUUUUUAUAAAUGCUUAUUGAAUCUUUACACUAGACGUCUUUAGUGGUGAUAAAAAAAUAUUUAUUUUUAACCAUUUUUGUGGGCUUCUAGUUGCUUUGAAAUACAAGUUAUCGAAAUAAGGAAGACAUAGGAGCAUACAAACUGUAAAAUUAUAUUUUAUGUAUAAAAUUAAUUCUUUAGUGAUAAAAAUCAAGGAGGGAUCAGUCGAGCACAUUUGUAUGGAAAAAACGUUGCCCGCCUCCCCUCGUAAUCGCUGUACUUGCCAGUAUUGAUUUAACAUAAACAUUAAAAACAAAAGAUUUAAAUAAAAAAUUAAGAAACACUAAAAUUUUAAUUUUCUCUUGUUAUUUCAAAAGUUGUGAGUGGGUGUUGUGAGGUUGGGAUGCGGCUGUGGUGGCAUUGCUGUUAUGUAUUGUAACAUUGUUAUGCAAUACGAAAGUUUCCGCCUUCUGGUGAUGGUCCACAGGGUGAGCCAGACUAGAGCACACCACCCCGUGCAGUAUUACUCAGCCCCACCUACAUCCAUCGCUCUAUCGACCUGCGCGGGCAACUCAGGCCGCCGCGGGUUCGGGCUUUGCGACCGAACAGACCAAAUUGAACCCCUAUUCGCACCCCCCGCCUCCUCCCGCACUAGUACCUAUGGCCGAGUCCAGAAUGUCAAGCUAUUGGGUAGAACGGAGAGUGGAAGCACGGUUGCGAAUGCUAGCAGUUGUACCAACAGUGGAGUUUGCGCAACUGUUGCUUUCAUGGAUAUCAAGUCCGCUUCAAAGGCUCAUAAUGCGGAGCAUGUCCUGGACGAACGAACUCUCACCACCGAAUAUUACGAGCCUGCUGCGAUACCAUCGGCAGCGGGUGCGCCCUCGGCCGGUUCGUCGCCCGCCGGUUCCGGCUACUCUGGUUCUUCGUCCUCCGUGAACUCAACACCUGCACCCUCUUCCGUGUCUCGUUACCAUCUAUCGUAA